AGUCAGUAGUCGAUUGUCGGUUGUAAAACACAUGAGAGAAAAAGAAGUUAAGUUAGCGGCGCACCGUCUACUGGAGUCCAUCGAGCGGUUUUUGGAUCCUUUUCAUAUCGCGUUCGGUUUCAGACUAUUUUAAUUAUUAGUGUGAGAGAUUGUGGUUUUAAGGAAAUUUAUGUUGUUGCUGUAAUUAUAUUUUCAGAGUUUAUAAAAACAGUAGCUGACCUGAUAUGAAUGUGACUUUAUUUUUGGAGGGGCAAAGAAUAACGAAUAUGAGGUGAAGAUACCCUUUUAUUUCUAAGAUAAUCUUUGUUAGGAUGAACAUGGGAUCGGAUAGAAGAUUGGAUAACAGAACAUUGGAACAAUUAGUUAGAGAUACAACAUGGUGUAGUCUUCGUAUGGUAUUUCUGGUCCUGGUGUUAGUAUCUGAAUGGCUGCCUACAUCAUCCAGUGCCGCUUAUUCUUCAAAAAGAAAAGAUCAAGCAUACCAAAUCAAUCCAAAACCUUGUUGGGUAGAUGGCCAGGAAGGUACUUGCAUGUUUGUUUAUGAAUGCAUAAACACUGAUGGUUACCAUAUAGGUAUGUGCGUGGACACGUUCAUGUUUGGUUCUUGUUGUGCACACAAUUCCACUCAGAAUACGGUGAUUCCGUCACAGCUACCAAACCAACCUAACCGUCCACAAAUUCUUUACACUCAUCCAAGCUCUAGUCAUAGUAGUCAUAGUAAUAACUAUAAUAAACCAACCAAACCGCUAAGUCAUUAUAUUAGUACUAGUAGACCUAAGCCAAACAGCCACCAACUGGCCAAUAACUCAACGAGAUCAUCAGCAGCUACUCGUAAUCCAACUUUACCUACUUCUACUGAUCGAUCUGAAUUCUCUUGGAGAAUAUCUACACCUCCUCCUAGGCACAGUAUUCGACCGAUGAACACAAAUGAUGAUUUCACGUUGACUGCCAACCUCAUCUACACGAAACCUGGAUGGCAAAUGACAACCGAGCCCGCUUUCAUAACAUCAAACCACAGUUCUAAGGAUCCGCAAAUAGAAACGAAUAGUUUACAAAACUGGCAGUCUACAACGGAGUUUGGAGUAGUGACUAGACAGAAAAAACCCACUAAAACCAAGAAUCGACCGACAAAGAAGCCGGUACAAAGCGCGGCAGAUAAAUAUUUCACCAAGUAUUCAAUGAAGCCUACGAAGCCUACUACCACUAAAAGGCCAACAGAAACUGGUAGACCUGAACUAUCUUAUCCGAAAUUACCAAACAAAACUCCAACUACUAUUUUGCCUUCUCCAACAAGUUCAAAUGGACUUUCUAUAUCAACAACUUCGGCAGCAAACGACGAUAUUUCUUGUGGCGUUCCUCAGAUGUUUACCAAAGCUCAAACAAGGAUAGUGGGUGGAAAAAAUGCUCCUUUUGGAAAAUGGCCUUGGCAGGUUUCCGUGAGGAGAACAUCGUUUUUUGGAUUCUCUAGUACACAUCGAUGCGGUGGAGCAAUCUUGAAUGAAAAUUGGAUGGCAACUGCUGGACACUGUGUAGAUGACUUACUGACAUCGCAAAUCAGAAUAAGAGUUGGAGAAUACGAUUUUUCCAGCGUUCAGGAGCAACAUCCCUAUGUAGAAAGGGGAGUAUCGCAAAAAAUAGUACAUCCCAAAUACAACUAUUUCACUUACGAGUACGACCUUGCUCUUAUCCAAGUUGAUAAAUCAUUGGAAUUCUUGCCGCAUAUAUCUCCUAUAUGUCUACCAGCUUCUAAUGAUCUUUUGAUUGGAGAAAAUGCUACAGUAACCGGAUGGGGUAGACUCAGUGAAGGCGGUACCUUACCAUCAGUGUUACAAGAGGUUCAAGUACCUAUAGUUAGCAAUGAUCGCUGCAAGAGUAUGUUCCUAAGGGCUGGUCGACACGAAUUUAUUCCUGAUAUAUUUCUCUGUGCUGGAUACGAAGGAGGAGGGCAGGAUUCUUGUCAAGGAGAUUCAGGAGGUCCUUUGCAAGUGAAAGGAAAAGACGGACGUUACUUUCUAGCAGGGAUCAUUUCAUGGGGAAUUGGAUGCGCCGAAGCUAACCUUCCCGGAGUAUGUACAAGAAUAUCCAAGUUUGUUCCAUGGAUUCUGAAAAUAGUUACUUAACGAUAUGAACUCUAUCAAUUAUAAAAAUACUAUACGACUUGUAGCCUUUCUCGAAUCGACCACCAAGUUUACUUUUUACUAUAUGUAAAGCGUGGGUUUGGUAAUGCAGAAGACAAGCAACAAAUAGAAAAUUGAUAAUAAUCGUCAAUUGGUGACCUAAUAUAUGAAAUGCGAAUUCCCUCUCACUUUAAUGUCAAAUACAAUGUAUCUGUAAUAUAUUAUCAUCAUCAAAGAUACUAAUUUUGUCAAAUUCUAAUAAUCCAGAGCUCAGUAUCUUUGGAAUACUAUAUACACACCUAAGUCUAAGUCCUGGACUCCUCUUUCAAAUGGAAUCGAAAAGGUUUUAUUUUGAAGAGUUUAUCAGCUGAAUCAUCUGGUUUUUCAUGGGUAUUGAUGGCAUGAAUAUUGUUUAGCAAUUAUGUCACCCAUAAAAAGAAACACGCCGUUUAUUUCAAUAUCUUUAAUUAUAAAAUAAAUAAACUUACUUGGGAACAAAGUACGGAUCUUUCCAGUAUAAACAAAUAAUGAAGUUUGUAUGAAUGAUGCACUAAUUUAGUAUGAUAGUGAAGUAAAUAAAUGAAAUUGGACCAAUUGAUAGUUUUAUCGUCCGCUGGAGUUAUAAAUUAACAUAGCAUUGCAUUGAUAUUUAUUCCAUGACUGAAGGUAUUUCUGGAAAGCUUUCAACGGAAUAGAUUCUCUCUUUUGACUAGUCUCCUCAAUAUUAGGAAUGAUUUCUUACGAACUUUGAAGAAGACUGAAUUUUGAUGCGUUGUUCAAGAUCCAUGUACACUGCAAAAAUGAUCAUACUAAAGCCGAAACGGGAUCAAAGCUAAGUUGUUACUGUUGGUAUCAACACCUCAGAGUAUGAGCAGACUCUAGUAAGAAUACGACGUUUAGUUAUUAAAUAACGAGACUGGUGAUAUAAAACAUUCGAUUUUAUUCAUUAUUUCCUUUAAUAUAUACCCUUUCUCUAUCCCCACAUCGCUCCAUACGAAUCUUCUUCGAAAUUGUAGGAAGUAUUUUUCUGUCAGUUCCUUUAAGUCGCGCUUCGUUUUUUCUUUCACAGCUUCAACAAAUUCAAAUCUUGUUCCUUUCAAUGCAAGUCUGAGUGAUUUUAAUCGGACAGACAAACCACAACAAGAGCCAGCGAGUUUAGCAUAUUACGUAUAAAAUUUUAUCAAACUCGACGCUUUUGUAAUAUUUAUUAAAAUCUUCAAUUACAAUGAAAAUAUUAAUGUUGAAUUAAAUGGUGUUGGAAGUAUUCUACGGAAGCAAAAAACGAUUUCCCAAAAUAAUUCAAAACAAGUCAGAAGUAAUCACUCGAAAUUUCUUCAAAUAGUAAAUCAGACAUUCAAUUUGAAUAGAUAGUCUGCAAAUGCUGCAGUGGGUUGUUUAAUACCUGAAAAAUGAAGAAACUACGACUCAAUUUGGGAUAUGUUCAUAAUUCAUUAUUAAAUAAAUUAAAUAAAUCUGUUCCUUAGAUCGCAAUGAUAAUUGGGAGAUUGCGGAAGCCUGGAAGGCUGAAUUGACAUUCCUAUAGGAAGAAGACUUAUCUGAUGAAAGCACCGUUAUAAAAUUUACAAUUCCAGAACGCAAAACACACGUUAUUCGCGAAUUUGUGGUCACUGUUGGAAAUAUAGCUGGUGUCAAUCUUGUUGACCUCCUCAAAAAGUAUAGAAAUAUAAGACUUUCUGCUGUGAAGCACUACAGAUUUUCUGUGCUUUAUUAUAAUGAAAUGGCAUACAAUACAUAAAUACCAUUGAAAAAUUACCAGAAAAGAUUGCUCAUUACCUGGGUCUAUCUCAUGUUAAGGGGUACACGGGAUAUUGUUUCAGACGUUCCUCAGCAUCUCUCAGAAGACUCAGGAGAAGACAUUCUGGAAAUGAAGCACAUGGAGGAUGGAAAUCCAACACUGUAGCCAAGGGUUAUAUAGUUAUAUAGAAAAUAAAAGAAGAAAUUCAGAUAACAUUCUGGCCCAAGCCCUUGGCAUACAUAUAGAUAUGACAGCUUUAAAUGAAAUUAACAUCAGACAAGAUGUUCCAGAGAAUAAUCACCCAGAAAAUACAUUUCCUUUAAAUAACUGUGUAUUGAAUAGUGUUGUUUUUAAUGUUUAUAAAUUUCAAAAUACUAUUGGAUUAAAAUAAUGAGAUAAUUGACAGUUUUUGCAGUAAUUAAUAAAUUAUUCUUUGAAACUUGUGACGUUUCCAAAAGUCAAGGAGUGACUUAAGCUGUCACAUUUGAUAAAUAUAUUUUUGGGAGCUCACAAAUGUGAGGAUUUUAAGUUUUGCACACCCUUUCCGUACAAUUUUCAUGUUGAAUUUGCCGCACGAAAUAAUAAGCUUCAUGCUGAACACCUGACAGAAGCUUACCUUUGGCGCCUGCGAACUCUUUCUGUCUCGUUACUUAAUAGCCACACCUUGUAUGUAUACUAUUGAAGCUUCUUCACGGUACUUAUUAUUCAUAAGUCCUAAAGAACUAGCCUCGUGAAAAAUAUAAAGAUUUAUUUCACAAUUCACAUCUGCAACUAGAUUUAUAUGUUCAUAUUAAAAAUGUAAAAUUAAUUCUGGUUAUUCUACUAAGAUUGAUUCAUUAACAUUUAUUAAAAAUCUUUUUCAGUAAAAAAAAUUAUAACAAAUGUGGCGUCUCAAAAAGCCUGGUAAUUGUUCUGAAAUUUGUAUACCUACCAUUAGAGAGGGUGAAUAAAAACUGAAUUUCACAAAAACAUACCUAUUACGGGGCAUAAUACAAGGAAUCAUCCCAUUUUUCAAUAAUUUCAGCAUGCAUUCAAUCAAAUAAUAGAUUCAGGCACAAAACAGAAAAAAAUAUCAUCUUUACAAUGAAAAAGUAAAAUAAGAAAAGCCUGGGAUCAUAUAGACAUGGGAAAUCAUAAGAACAGGAUUGAAUAAAUACAAAGAACUUAAGAGGCUAGAAGAAUUAACCUCAAAUUUUUCUGUAAUCGAUAGUCACUUAUAUUCAUCAGAAAUAAAUAAUUUUGAAAAUACAGUAUUGUAUUCUGAACAAAUUUAGAUCGACAUGAAGUUAAGUGAAUUAGAGUUCUAGAUUUUUUGAUUCAAUUACAUCCUCUAGCGUACGAAAUUAAAAACAAUUUCUAAGUUUUUGUUAUAUCUUCGAAAGUCAUUCUUACUGGAACACUUGGUACAUUGCAUUGUAUGCAAGAUUGUAAAAAUGUAAAAAUUAAUGAUAAUUUAUGAAAUUGUAUCAAUACAAUUAUCCUAGUUAUAACUAUAAAUUAAUUUGUGAUAUUUAUUUAAUUUAUCUUAUAAAUAUAACAGCUUCAAUAAUCAAAAUACUUAUUAGAAUAUUUUUUCCGAUGUAUAUAUUCUAAUUUAAAUACAAAGUGUCAAUUGGAAAAACUAUUAUUUACUCUAUAUUUCAAUAUCAAUCGAAAAUUCGGGAAAAUAAAAAGUUAUAUGUCAUUUAUUUACGAUAGAAUUGAAAACGUUGAACAUCAACUUUUUCACAGUGAAAUAUUAAUAACUUUAUAAUUUCAAAUGGUUUCGGUUCAAAUGGGAAAGUUUUGAUCUAUUAUUUGAUCUUUAUCAGGGCUGAAAAUUAUGGUAAAUUUUAUUAUAAUUCAAAUAAUGAUGAAGAUAAAGAACUUAACAAAGAAUUGUGAAAUUAGAAGUGAAACGAUAAUCAGAUGGUUCGACAAUAUAUAAAUCGAUAAUGCGAUCUAUAUGUAUGGAAUAAGUUCAAUUUUGGCGUGGCAAUGUACUGAAACAUGUCGAUUUUUAUUCUUGAAUCGACAAUUCACAGUAUCAAAAUAUCAUCAUCUAAAUUAUAAUCACCCCCUCGAUGGAACAUUUUAAAUAAAAAAGGGGGUUGUGUGGCACCUUGCUGGAAUCUACUUUACACUUAAAUUAAAUGUUCAAAAUGACCACCAUUCACUUCUUGAUAAUAGCCGAGGCGAUUCUGGAAUUCUCAUUCUACAUUUUGUAUGACCACAUUUGAGUAAAUCUUCUGAUUUGAGAGUUUUGCAUUAAGUGAAAAACCACCCUUACAAAGUUCAGUUGGUUCAGGAGUUAAAUGAAGAUGAUCCUGACAGAAGGCAAGAAUUGAUUUUGGACAGAUUUGUAGUUCAUAAAAAAAUAGUUUUUUCUGAUGAAGCAACGUUUCAUUUAAAAGGAACAAUUAACAAACAUAAUUAGAUAUUGGAAAAGAGAAAAUUCUUAUUUAUUUAUAGGCACAGUUAAUGGUGAGGUUUAUCUAGAUUUUUCGAUUAACUUCUCACAAGUAUAUUUUGAUAGAUCAGACAAUAUUUCUGGUUGAAAAGUUAGGAUAAAGAAAGAAAUUAACAAAAUUUAAAAGAAGAAGAAGAAUCAUAACUCCUGAGCUACAAGAAACUGAUUCAAAAAUUGAAAUAGUAUUAAAAAUUUGUUCACAUGUUUCACAAAUUUUCCCGCAAGAUGCGAGCAUCUGCUUUAUUAUUACCAAAUCAUUUUAUUUUAAUAAGGCAUUAGUUGACGCCUAUCUCCAUUAUUUAAUAUUUCACUGUUUGUGACUGUCCAC